CGUAGUGUACAGUCAGCCGCCGACGGUCGUCCCAUCCGAGUAGUUCGGCUACUCGGCCCUGUGUUCGCGUUUGCCGACGGCACGCGCGUGUGUGUGUGUGACUGUGUGUGCGCGUGUUACCAGUUUUUUUACCGCUGACUUGUUCUUCCGCGGUCCUCGAAGUGCGAAGGCUGUAGCCUUCGCCAUGUGUCCGCUGUGGCCGCUCCACUACCUGCUGCUGUACGCCAUCAUGCUGUGGCCCCUGCUCAUGCUGUCCUGCGGCGUGGCGGCGCAGCUCGCCGGCGUGGCCAAGAACGGCGCGGGGCUGCGCGCGCGCUCGCCGCUCUACUGCGAGCCGCCCGCCGGCGCCGGCUACCUCAACGUGCGCUUCGACGCGCUGCUGGCCAACGGCACGGUGCUGGACCUGUACGACGGCGACGGCAAGGUGCCCAUCGCGCUGGACGCGACCGCCAGGCUGCGCUUCAAGACGGAGGACUUGGACCCGAACGACGUCCUGGACGGCGAGCUCUACCUGGAGGCCGUCAACCAGCACGUCGCCGGCGCCAGCCCCAAGAGCUACGAGAUCGCGACGAUGGGCAUGGACGGCAACUCGCUGGCCAGCAGCUUCAACGUCACCGGCCUGUCCCUGGGCAAGACUGACGUGCGUCUCCGCCUCCGCCACAAGAGCGCCGCCGUCGCCAACGGGGUGGCCUCGGACCGCUUCAGCGACUGCGUGCCCGUGGUGGUGACGCGGCCCAAGCGCGUCAUCGACACCGUGUUCACCGCCAGCGUCGCCACCCUGGUCGCCAUCAUCUUCAUCAACUUCGGCUGCGCCCUGGACUGGGACGUGGUCAAGAAGACCGUCAAGCGGCCCAUCGGACCAGCCAUCGGCUUCACGUCACAGUACGUCGUACUGCCCCUGAUAAGUUUCGGUUUGGCGAAACUGUUGUUCCCCAACGACGUGGCCAUGCAGCUGGGCAUGUUCUUCACAGCAAUCAGUCCCGGUGGAGGCGCCUCCAACAUUUGGACCUACCUGCUCGGAGGGAACCUCAACCUGAGCAUCGCCAUGACCACCAUCAGUACCUUGGCUGCGUUCGGCAUGAUGCCGUUGUGGAUAUUCACUCUGGGUCAUCACAUAUUUCUAGAGGGCAAAUUAUCUGUGCCGUAUGCACGAGUCAUGGAGGUUGCGGUGGCACUUGUCAUACCUGUUGGUAUAGGAUGGCUCAUUCAAAGAUAUUUGCCUAGGAUAUCCAAAUUUUUGGUUCGCAUUCUGAAACCCUUCUCUACACUUCUCAUUCUCUUCAUCAUCGUAUUUGCAAUCAUCACAAAUACAUAUAUAUUUGAACUGUUCUCGUGGCAGAUCGUUUUAGCUGGCAUGGGGCUGCCUUGGUGUGGAUAUUUGACAGGGUUGUUACUAGCCUUGGUAUUCCGUCAACCCACACCGGACAUGAUGGCAAUAUCUGUUGAAACAGGUGUUCACAACACAGGAAUCUCUAUCUUCAUGUUGAGAUCUGCUCUUCCUCAACCAGAGGCAGACUUGACUACAGUCAUUCCUGUGGCUGUAGCCAUCAUGACUCCAAUUCCACUUACUCUUUGGUAUGUGGUAAAGCAGUUGCGUUCAAGAUGGACUGUAAAAAAAAACGCCCGAUACGAAUUGAAUGAUGAAGAAAGGGCACCAGUUACAAACCAGACGGAACCUCUCACAAUCAUCACCACAUCUAAAGGAGCAUCAAACAAUAACCAUGAUAAGUAUUAGAAAUUGAAAACAUUCCGACCGGGCACAUGAAAGCUGGAAUGUUAAAUUAAAAAUUAUUCAUUUCAUGCACUUACAUCUUCAGUACCAUUCAUACAGUAGUUAUGGGCAUUUAAGCCAGUAAGGAAACAGGUUGUUUUUUUAUUAAACCUUGUUUACUGUACCAUUA